UGUGUUUUUUGUUUGUCGUCGAUUCCAUCAGCUGUCUGUCGUGGACGGUUCGUGGUGUGUCUUGCAACACUAAAGAAAUGGGAGUGAAGCAUAGUAGCUCUGUAAAUUCAGAAACUACUGGCCCUACAAUUCGCUCUGUUCCUUCUUGGGACUGCUAAAUCUCUCUCGAUUUAUGUCAUAACCAGCUAGGGAAUGGCGUCCGUGAAAGUUGCCGUGAGGGUUCGGCCCUUUAAUCAAAGGGAAAUUGGCAUGCAAGCUAAGCUGAUCAUUGAUAUGAAAGGGAAGAAAACUCGUAUAGUUAAUUCCAAGGUGGCAGAUGGGAAAGAUGGAGACCUGGGACGAGAGCGUUAUAAGGACUUCACUUUUGAUUAUUCCUAUUGGUCUUAUGACAGUGCUGAUCCUCACUAUGCAUCGCAGGAACAGGUGUUUCGUGAUCUUGGAAUGGAUGUAAUAGAUUGCGCAUUUGAAGGAUACAAUGCUUGUGUGUUUGCUUAUGGGCAAACUGGUAGUGGUAAAACAUUCACAAUGAUGGGAGCUCCGGAAUGCAUUGGUCUCAUACCCAGAAUAUGUCAGACUCUAUUCAGUAAACAGCAAGAAAAUAUUUCACACUCUGCUGCCAAAUACACCUAUCGCACUGAAGUCAGUUACCUUGAAAUCUAUAAUGAACGCGUCAGAGACCUCCUUUCCCCAUCAACUAAUCACAGUUUAAGAGUGCGGGAACACCCACGGCAAGGCCCAUAUGUUCAAGAUUUGUCUAAGCAUCUUGUUACCAACUAUGCUGAAAUAGAGGAAUUAAUGAUUCGCGGCAAUAAUGUGAGAACCACUGCAUCCACUAAUAUGAAUGAUGUGAGCAGCCGAAGUCAUGCAAUAUUUACAAUUCUUUUUACCCAAGCGUGCUUCUCGGGUGAUUUCCCCACCGAAACAAUAUCCAAGGUCCAUUUGGUUGAUUUAGCUGGCAGUGAGCGAGCUGAUGCCACAGGGGCAACAGGGAAACGACUCCAAGAAGGAGCUCACAUCAACAAGUCUCUUGUGACUUUAGGUUCAGUGAUAUCUGCUCUAGCUGAUGUAUCUAGCCCGGCUUCAGAUGGAAGCAGUGGAAGUGGCCGCAAAACAAGCUUCAUUCCAUACAGAGACUCUGUACUGACAUGGCUUCUAAAAGAUAGUUUAGGUGGCAAUUCCAAAACAAUUAUGAUUGCUGCUGUCUCUCCUGCCGACUGUAACUAUGGUGAAACAUUGAGUACACUUAGAUAUGCUAAUCGUGCAAAGAAUAUUGUCAACAAACCCACUGUUAAUGAGGAUUCUAAUGUACGCCUUAUCCGAGAGCUUAGAGAAGAAAUUGCACGUCUUCGUGCGCUUCGAGAUUCAGAAAUGACUACAUCUGGUGGGUCAGGGGGAGUCCUGGCUCAGUUACACCAAACUGAAGCACGAGCUCAGGCUUUAACCGAGGAAUGGGCAGAAAAGUGGAGAGAAACUGCUCAAAUCUUGAGUGAACAGCAAGCACUGGGACUGAGAAAAGCUGGCAAAGGCGUGGUUCUUGAUUCAGAUCGGCCACAUUUGGUUGGCAUUGAUGACGACUUGAGAAGCACUGGAGUCACACUAUAUCAUUUGAAGGAAGGAAAAACACAUAUUGGUUCAGAGGAGGGAGCAGACUGUGAUAUAAUGCUUAGCGGAUUAAAUGUUGAGAAAAAUCAUUGCACAAUAGAGUUGUCCAAUGGAGUUGCUACUCUUCUCCCUGCCCCUCAAGCUCAAUGUUGGGUCAACACUGUACCUGUGGACAAACCAACUAAAUUGUCGCAAGGUUGCAUAAUUUUACUUGGACGAACGAACAUGUUCCGCUAUAAUGACCCCGUUGAGGCAGCAAAAUUAAGGAAGGAGGGCUCACGCUCUCAUUUAAAUUUAUCUCGCUUGUCCCUCUUGAGCUGGUCAACUCCAGACUUGAAUGCGUCGUUGGAAAACCUUCACAUAAAUGAGGACGGUGAUCUAAAUGAAUCUGGAACAUUUAAAGGGAGAAGAUCCUCACUACUCUUUAGAGAUAAAGAAGAAACUAAGUCCCAGAGGGAUCAGUAUGUAAAACAGCAAGCUUUAGAAGAAGCACAACAAGCUCUUGACGAGGAAAGAGAACGUCUGGAGCAGAGUUAUUUAGCUCAAAGCCGACGUUUGGCUGAAGAUUGGCAAAGAUUAGAACAGCAACAGCAAGAAAGUCGUGCUUCCUUGGUUCAGAGGGAGACUGAACUACAACAGCUGCGUGAGGCCUUAGAAUGGGAGCGGACCCAGCAAGCCUCCAGGGUUGAAGCUGAUAAUGUGGAAGUUGCACGUCUCCAAAGUGAACUGGAAAGGAAGGGGGAAGAACUAAACAAGCUGAAAGCGAAGAUGAGCUCAUGGUCGGGAGAUGUCACGCCCACAACAGACAGUUCCAAUCAGACAUCUCCUCCUCCAUUGUCAUCACCUUCAGCUAUAGAUUCAGAGAGUAUUGAUUCUUGGGCUAGCACUGCUCCUGGUUCUGCUGUUGAAGUGGGAGACAAUGAUGCUAUGAAGUUAUUAAUUGAACAGCAUAAACGCCAUAUUAUGAUGCUAGAUGCUGAAUUUCAAAAGAAAGUGGCAGCUCUUGCUGAGGGUCGUGCUCGCGCCGAGCGACUUGAGUCUGACAUCAAUAUUGUUCAAAAUGCAGAACCAACUACUUUACCAGUGGAAGAGCUGAAACGCAUGAUCAGUGAACGAACUCAAGAAGAGCUACAACAAAUUUUGGAGCGCAAAAAGUCUUUCAAGCUGGAUCUUAAAGAGAGGUUGGCUCCAAGUAAUUCAGUUCCAGUUGCAUCUUCAUCUCAGCAAAGUACUCUGGAAGAAAAUGCAUCAUCUGCUAAAAGAUUUUCUGAUCAUGCUACAUAUGAAACUCCAAUGGUCACGGCAACAGAAUUUCUGGAAACUCCCUACUUGCCAGCGCUGAGUGAAGUUGUGGAUGAUGCAUCCUUUCAUACCGCAUGUGCAUCCCCUUCUAAUCCUUGCACUAGCUUUAGUAGUGCAAUUCAAGAUAGUGGUACAGUUGAUACUGGUGUCCUCAGUGACAGUGGAGUGGAGUUGGACACUAGGAGCAGUCUAGCAAGGGACCCACUCCUUCACAGUUGGCUACAGGCGAGCUCUAACAAUGUUGUAGCGAGAGCCUUACCUCAAUGUGAUGAUAGUGAUGAUGUAUCAAGUACUGAGGACUGUCUGUCUAAUAAGCCCACCACUGCUCGUGGAGAAGGAAGCUCCAGCAGAGUUCGUCUCCAUCGACCUCCUCGUCACAUUAAGCAUGGAAUUCUUAGUCUACGCCGUGGUGAUUCUGAGCUAAAUGUCAGAGAUGCAAUGAGAGCUAUGCAGACUCUGUAUCAGCGUGUAAACAAUCAAAAAACUCUAGUAAUCCAAAGUCUUGAGGAUGACUGUGGGAAACAGGAGCUCAAUGAGCGAAUUGCUGUUUUGCAAGAGUUGCAAAAGCAGUAUCUUUGUCUUGAAUUGGCACUAGAGCAGCACACUGGCAAGGAAAACCGAUCAUCACUGACUAAUCUGUCGACCCUUCCAACUCUUGGUUCUAUUGAGGAUUCUGACGACAUGUCUACCUCAGCUGAUGAUAUGAUGUCUGAGCCGAGUUACAUCAACGGGCAUAGGGAGUCUCUUGACCACUCUGGAUUAAGUAAUACUCUGUCUCCACUGAACCCUGCAACCCUGAAUAGCCAGGACGACAACUUUAGCACAGUGAGCUUAGCACACUCGAGAACUUCUUUGCACUCAUGUGAUGACGGAGAAAUUAUUCAUAUUCCAAGCUUUCUGAUCCGUGGAGCUGGUUCAUCUACACAUUAUGAGUAUGAGGUCCGUGUAAACGCUGGUGGUGAGCGUUGGGUGCUGCUUCGCCGUUACAGACGAUUUCGUGAACUCCAUUUGCAGAUGCGUGAAAAGUAUGGAUCCUUGGUGUCAUCUUUGGAUUUCCCCCCUCGUCGUCUAUUUUCUAAACGGUCUGAAGUGGUUGCUAGCAAGAGACGUGCUCAGCUUGAGAAUUAUCUUCGAGCACUUAUUAGAGUUUGUUCCACUGUAGCAGGCUGUCCCCUUCACCAGGCACGCGACAAUCUAACCCGACUAGCUUUGAUAGAGUUUUCCCCCUUCUUUCGCAAAGGUGUAUUUGAGUCAGGGAAAUAUGGAACCAGUUAAUUAGUAUUAUAAAUUCCCCCUGUUUAUUUGUGUCUCCUAAUUUUUAUUUUACUAUCUAAUCUAAUCGAUCUAUACUAUAUUCAUGGGUCGAUUUUUGAGCAGAUACGUACUUGUUGUACAAUUUUGCAUUCUAAGCAGCUCAAAAGGCAUACUGAGUGCAAAGUAAACAACUAUCCUUAAAAAUAUGUAUACCUGGCAAAAUUACUGCCAGGGGAAUUCUCUGUGAUUACCCAUCCAUCUUUUAGUAUUCUUUAGAAUAUGACUUCUUGGUUAUAUAAACACAGAUAGGUCUGUUACAGAAACAGUAGCAUACCUUUAUAUUUUUAGACUUAUACACGUUUCCUCGCUAUGAAGUGAGCUGGUAUAUGAAGAACCAUAUUGCUAAUGCUGUACUUUAAUUUUAUCUGUUAAAUUUAUUGUUAAGAAAAACCUAAGAAUAGCAACAUACCUAGACACAGUAAUGAUAAUCAAUUCAACUCAAAAACUACUGGUAAGUCUGAAGUGUGGUACUUACCGAAUUUAGAUGGCUGUGUUAAUGAUUUUAGGGCACUUAAAGCAGCACCUGUCUCUCUAAAUAUGCUUUACAUUGAUAUAUGCAUUAUAGAUCGUUUGAUAUUAUCAGCCCAGUGCCCAGUUUCAUAUCUUUAUUCAGUCAAAGUCAAUUAAAAUGCCGUCUCAAUGUUUGGCACUGUACAUGGGAAGCUCUCCAGUUGAUUUUCUUUUUACAUAGAAAUUUCUUUUGAUUAGAUCAAAAAAUAUUUUAUAAUUUAAGCACUGCACUUUCAAAAGUUUAAUCUUAAUACUAGUAGUAUUAAAAAAUAUAUGAAAGGAUGACAAUAAUGUGCGAGUGAGACAGUGUGUUGAUGGUAUGGGCUUGAAAGACUUCACAUUUAUGUCAAUGUUUUGACUGAUGACAAAUUUAUUGUCUUAUUUUAUCUGUUUUUGUGAGAACAAAAAUUCUAUGAUGAGUAAUCUAGGAAUGACUCACUCCUUUGGGGUCUGUGGUUAUUUUUCUAUUGGUAUUGAGAAAAGAAAAUGAAUGCAGGUUGGGGAGUGCAUUUUGGAACUUCAUGUGUAGGUAAUGCACAGGCACAAACUAGGUAGCCUGUUUUGUUUUUCAUGUUGUUUUCUUAUUCAUACUUUUUCUUUUUUUUUCAUAUUUUAUGAGAGCAAGGUACUAACAGCUCAGACAAGAGUACUUGCCUUAUUACAAUUUAAAGGUUUUAAAUAAUUCUAUUUGCUGUUGGAGACAGCUUUGUUUCUAUUGGCAUUAUUACAUGCACAUAUGUAUGUUAUUAUUGUUACUGCUGCUGUUUGUAGCCUGUAUUUAAAAUCUUUAGAGACUGUUACUCUUGGUAGAAAUUUAAAUCACUUUGUUCUGUUUUUUGUGCUCUGUUGUAAAUUUAGAUAUUGUCCUUGCCAAGAUUGGUUGUGUGAUUUAUCAAUGCAUACAAUGUUUUAUGUCCAUAUGUAAUCUGUUGGUUUUGCUGUAUAGCAAAGCAUACCAUGACAUUCAAAGAUGAUGGAUCUGGCUGAAUGCUGCACAUUUUAUUGCAUAUUUUACUGGAUUAUUUUUGAUCAUCAGUAUGUUGAAUAGUGAAAGUGUGAGGCUGUGGGCAGAUGGAGGAAAUAAUCUAAAGUUAGUGCACUUGCUUCAUUAUUUUGGACUGUAGAAGAGAAAUUUUUGAAAUGGUUUUCCGAAUGGUCCAAAUAUUAGAUUUAAUGUUGGAUUAGUUUGAAUCAGCACAACUUGGUGUCAAUGAACACUACUCCCAGUUAACUUAGAUGUGUACUACGCUCUCAUUCUGAUGUCCAGUCCAGUUCAGCAAACUCAGAUGUCCUGUGAUGCCAACAUUAAUACCAUCCAGGUUUUAUAUUUACAUGUUACCAGAAAAACUAUGAUGAUGUUAUUACGUGGUUAGUGAAAUAUUUACUAGAAAUUUGUAAAGAACAUAUUUCACUGACAAGGCGUCAUUGAAACUUUUUUCUUUAUUAAUUAAAAUAUAAACAGUCAACCACACGCUUAA